UCUCCUAAACAUUUUGUACUGGGAAAAGUUGGGAUAACUUCAGAGAAUGAGAUAGCCGGGAUAUGACUUUGGCAGCUCAGAUGAUAGUCAGUGAAGUGUAGAGAGUGAAGCAUCACACUUAAGUACAGCCAAUUCGAAUGUUUAGCAAAAAUGAGGUUAACUUUAAAAUAUGGAUGUACAUUUGUAUGAAAAAAACUCUAAGGGCAACUUUAGGGUGUGAGAAAAUUGAUCGGGUAACAUUGUUUUAUGGACAUUUUUUGUUUUGUUUAAUAAUUUUUUCCCCAUUUUGUAAUGUUAAUAUUAUUAAAGCCUCAUAGGGAAAGAAAAGAAAACUCACUGGCUGUAUAUAUUUGAAAGAAGAUAUGCACUCACCUAAUUUAGCUGCACCUCAAUAAGAAUGCUGUUGGAGCCAAGCAUGAAAAAGAGUGGGAGAGAGAAAGAGAAAGAGAUAGAGACAUCACUAUUUUGUGAUGUCAUGAUAAACUGUUUAUUUUCUUCUAAUAAGAAGCUGAAUGAAACAUAUUCAUGCAAUUUUAGUUAAUGGGGGAGCCCAAAUUGCAUGCAUUUCUUGCUUUGAUAUCCCCUCUCUUUCUAAAGAUUCUUUCUCUCAUUUUAAAAUGUACAUGCAAGAGCUUUGGAGUUUGCAUCACCCAAUACAUAAUUUAUCCACCUUUACGAACUUUUUUCCCUUCUCUUUCUCACACAAUGGGAAGGCCUCCUUGUUGUGAUAAAUCAAAUGUGAAGAGAGGCCUCUGGACUGCUGAAGAAGAUGCAAAACUACUUGCACAUGUAUCUAAACUUGGGAUUGGGAACUGGACUUUGGUUCCCAAGAAGGCAGGUCUUAUUUUCUAUCAUAUUUUUAUCCAUGUUAGAUACCAUUUUAAAUUAUAACUAUAUAUGCAUAUGAAUCUCUAUGUUUGAUACCAUUAAUCUUUUGAAUCACAUUUUUGCAUGAGUUUUCAUACAGGACUUAAUAGAUGUGGGAAGAGUUGUAGACUCAGGUGGACUAAUUACCUUAGGCCUGACCUCAAACAUGACACUUUCACUCCUCAAGAAGAAGACCUUAUUAUUAACCUCCACCAAGCUAUAGGAAGCAGGUGGUCUCUUAUAGCAAAACAGCUUCCUGGAAGAACAGAUAAUGAUGUCAAAAACUAUUGGAACACCAAGCUGAGGAAGAAACUCUACACCAUGGGGAUUGACCCUGUAACUCAUAAACCCAUUUCUCAAAUCCUUUCUGAAUUUGGAAACAUCAGUGGUCUUCCUAAUAACUCUGGAUACCAUAUCACAAAAUCAGAGCCAUCAUCAGUCACCACAGAAUUAAUAAUCCCAUCUACCAAUAUGAUCAUAAGUACUCCUAGAAUGGAGCAAACCAGAGACUUUAACUCUUUCUACAAUGAAGCAUGCCAAUUUCAAGUAACCAACCAAAACAUUUUUAAUGUCCAACCACACUUUUUCACUGAAGUAACCUCCCCUUGUUCCUCAUCAUCUUCUUCUCAUGUCAAUGACUUAAGCUCACCACAAUCUUCUUUCUCUUGCCAACAAUCUCAACCACAAGCAUUCCCCCUGCAUUCUUCUUCUUUUACUUGUUCCAAUAAUUGGAGCGAGUUUUUUCUUGGUGACACUUUUGAAUCCACAGAAGUGACAGGGCAAGCAAAAGAGGACGAUUUGGAGGGUCUUUUGUCAUAUGCAAACCCUAUAAAGUUUACUAAUGGAAGUGAUCAAAACAGUUCAAUUAUGGGAGUUCAUGAGGAUCAAUUUUCUGGUAACGUCAUUAAUAAUGGAGCUCAAAUCAACAAUGAUCAACCCAAAAAUUCCUCAUUUGUGGAUACCAUCUUGGAUCAAGACAGCGAAUUGCGAGCGGCCUUCCCCGAGUUCUUGGAUGGAUCUUUUGAAUAUUACUAAGUACACUCUUGGUUUUCAAACUCAUUGGAAUUGACUAAAAUGUUUAAAGUGAUACUUUUUUUUCGACUAUUUAGUGAGAGAAAUAAUAGGACUUAAUAUCUUGUGUUGCAAGCAAGGUAAAAAAUUAUUAUGGUAAUGAUAUUAGUUUCAAACUUUACAGAUUGGAUGGCUUUGACAAAAGCUUGUUCUUAGUUUAUAAAUGCUCUUAAACUGUGGAUUUUCCGGUGUGGAACCUAACCCUGAAAAUAAUAUAUCAUAAUUGGACAUUAGAGAUAACAUUUGUGAACUCCAAGCUAUAUUUAGAGGUUUUUCUUUCUCUCCUUUUUUUUUUGUUUUUUUUCGUAAUAAAACACUUUUGUGGGGACAAUAAUAUUAAUAAAUGGCAAGAAAAAUGGUUA